CCAAUCAGAAGCGCCCAUAACACCCACAACAACGGUCUGUGCGGCUCCAUAUUGAGUCUGUCUUUUCUUAGAAAUGCAUUACACCGGAGGUCUGCCUGCGCAUAUUGUGUAACUCACAGCCAGGCUGCCGGCUCUGCUCCCCGGGCUCAGGUAUGAAGGGAUGCAGCCGACAAAGCGCCUGUCACGAACAAAUGUUUCUCAGAGCUUUUGUUUGGCGGAGCGGCGUCACAGUCACUGUUUUUAAAGGGGCUGAGAAAUUAGGCUAGAGGCGCACCUGAGGACCGGAGCGAAAAGUGGCAUGCAGGCUGAGGAAGAAAUAAUUGGAUUGAGAUAACGCCACACAGGCAUGAUGUUCACACUCACUGAGGUUGCGUCUUUGAACGACAUCCAGCCAACGUAUCGCAUUCUAAAGCCAUGGUGGGACGUCUUCAUGGACUAUCUGGGGCUGGUCAUGCUCAUGCUGGCCAUAUUCGCCAUGACCAUGCAGAUCACCAAGGACCAGGUGGCUUGCCUUCCGUGUCUGGAGGACCAAAGGAAUGCUCCAGGAGCCUCUCCGAACUCGUUUCCACAGCAGACCACACAGGCAGCAGCCUCAUCAGCAGCCACUGGCGACGUGACCUCCACCACCCCCCUCAUGACCAAGGACUUACCGGACGAAGUUGUCCAUGAGAUCCACGUGACACACCAACACACUUCUACGGUGGCAGAGAAAACUAUCAAUCAGCCUCAACCAACAGGGGUCAAGACCAACUUGGACUAUCAACAAUAUAUCUUCAUUAACCAAAUAUGUUACCAUGUUGCCUUGCCCUGGUAUUCCAAGUAUUUUCCAUACCUCACCCUCAUCCACACCCUUGUUCUUAUGGUCAGUAGCAAUUUCUGGUUCAAAUACCCUAAAACAAGCUCAAAGAUUGAGCAUUUUGUUUCGAUUCUGGGUAGAUGUUUUGAGUCUCCCUGGACUACGAAAGCUUUGUCUGAAACAGCUUGCGAGGACUCAGAGGAGAACAAACAGAGGUUGACCGGAACCUCAUCAGCACCAAAGCAAGUAUCUUUAGAGGGAAAGGAUGAAAGCUCAAAUGUCAACUCAUCCACACCCAUGCUUGGUGUGAAGUUCUCUGCAGAUAAGCCAAUCACAGAGGUCCCAAGUAGUAUGACAAUCCUGGACAAAAAAGACGGCGAGCAGGCCAAAGCCCUAUUUGAGAAAGUAAGAAAAUUCAGAGCUCAUGUGGAGGACAGUGAUUUCAUCUACAAACUUUAUGUAGCGCAGACUAUUGUCAAAACUGUCAAGUUUAUUUUGAUAUUGUCCUACACUUCGACCUUUUUGGCUAAAAUAAAUUUUAAGCAUGAAUGUAAACCAGAUAUUAAACAGCUAACAGGAUACCAAACGUUUUUCUGUACUCACAACAUGGCGUUCAUGCUAAACAAGCUUCUUAUCAGCUACAUGGCUUUGAUUUUGAUCUAUGGGAUGGCGUGCUUGUACUCUCUCUUCUGGGUGUUCCGACGACCUCUAAAGGAGUACUCCUUUGAAAAGGUCAGAGAAGAGAGCAGCUUUAGUGACAUUCCUGAUGUGAAGAAUGACUUUGCAUUCCUCUUACACAUGGUUGACCAAUAUGACCAACUCUACUCCAAACGGUUUGGUGUCUUCUUGUCUGAGGUCAGUGAAAACAAGCUGAGGGAGAUCAGUCUGAAUCAUGAGUGGACCUUUGAAAAACUGAGGCAGCUGGUGACCCGUAACGCUCAGGACCAGCAGGAGCUCCACCUUUUCAUGCUCUCUGGUCUCCCGAAUGCAGUGUUUGACUUGACAGACUUGGAGGUGCUGAAACUGGAGCUGAUUCCUGAGGUGAGGUUCUCGGCCAAGGUCUCCCAAAUGACCAGCCUGCAGGAGCUGCAUCUCUGCCACUCUCCGGCCAAAGUAGAGCAGACAGGUUUUGCUUUCCUCCGGGACCAUCUUCGCUGCCUUCAUGUCAAGUUUACUGAUGUGGCUGAGAUCCCAACAUGGGUAUAUUUGCUAAGAAGUUUGAGGGAGCUUAACCUAAUCGGCAACUUGAGCUCAGAAAACAACAAAAUGAUUGGUCUAGAGUCCAUGCGUGAUCUGAGGCAUUUAAAGACACUAUCCUUGAAGAGCAACCUGACAAAAAUGCCCACAAACAUCACAGAGCUAUCACCACAUCUGAUUAAGUUAGUGGUGCACAAUGAUGGUACAAAGCUGCUGGUACUAAAUAGUUUGAAAAAAAUGAUCAAUCUAAUCGAACUGGAGCUGCACAGCUGCGAACUGGAAAGGAUUCCCCACGCUAUUUUCAGCUUGACCAACUUGCAGGAACUUGACCUGAAAUCUAACAACAUCCGAACCAUAGAGGAGAUCAUCAGCUUCCAGCACCUCAAGAGGCUUACAUGCCUUAAACUGUGGCACAACAAAAUUAUCACCAUCCCCUCCUCUAUCGGCCAGGUCAAGUCUCUGGAGUCUCUUCACCUCUCUCACAAUAAACUCGAGUCCCUGCCCCCAGCCUUGUUCACUCUACCUAAACUGCGACACUUGGAUGUGGGCCACAACUCCAUCACGGUGCUCCCUCCAGAUGUGGGUCUCCUCCACAACCUCCAGUACUUGGCCAUCAACUCCAACAAGGUGGAGGGGCUGCCCAAGCCUCUGUUCAGAUGCACCAAGCUCAAGGUGCUGUGUCUGGGGAACAAUGCGCUCACCUCGCUGCCAGAGGCUCUGGGUCAACUGGUUCAGCUCACUCAGCUGGAGCUGAAAGGAAACUGCCUGGACAGACUGCCCGUCCAGCUAGGAAGCUGCCGCCUGCUGCGCAAAAGCGGCCUGGUUGUGGAGGACCAUCUCUUCGACGCACUGCCUGUGGAAGUUAAGGAGAGUAUCAGCCAAGAGAGCACCUUUACAAGUGGCUUAUAGCACAAAAAACACAACUCUGGCACCUCUGGUGGUUCAUGACAAGCCUGUGUAAUGGAUGUAGAUUUUUAUUAUUGUAAUAUCCAUAAAAUGAAUGCAUUUUCUUGAUUAUUUUAAUGGGUUUUCAUAGUUGCUUAUGUAUUGAAAAUGGUACAGAUUACUUUUCCUGUUGCUGAUUUAUGCAUCUAAUUCAGCAACAUCUUUGGAUUUAGCGUUUUUUCAUAGCUUUGAGUAAUAAGUAAUAUGUUAGAAAUUAAGCUUCUCUAUGUAAUACUCUUUAGACCAAAACUGUUUCCUCCAGUGACACAGUAUGUAGAUUUUUCAUUAUUUUAGGUACUCAGGUAUAAUUGUAACCAUGGGGAACAAUCUUUUUGCCUUAACUGCUGCUAUUUUUUACAGUGAGGGCUUUCUCAACCAAAAGGCCAAAAAUGAAUAUAUUCAUGUUUUCAUGUCAGUUUUUCAUACAGAUGCUAUUCACAGAGCAAUUUCUAAAUAUUAUUGAAGAUGACACAAUGCAACACUUCUUACUUUUGUAGUUUUUAACUUUUGUUGAACUUAUUUAACCUUUUAUUUUUCUUGAUGUCUUGUAGCUGACAGAAUGAGUUUCAGAUUGUGCAACUCAGAUGGAUAUUAAGCACCAUAAAUUAACCUUUACCGUACUGUUGUAGAGAUACUAAGGCCUACAGUAAUUCAUUUGCACAUGCACAAAACUUAAUGAUUUAAAGAUCAGUCCUUUGUGAUAACAGGUCCUAAGAGCAACGUGAGCUGAUAAAAGGGAAAUCUGUUGACUACGUUUUUGUUUUUUAUCAUGCUUUUAAAUUUGAAAUGUGUAAUAAAACUGGUCACAGGUAGGAUUUCUACUAAACCAUGUAAUGACAACAGACAUGUCUGCCUUCAUUCUUCUUAAUGUGUUUCUGUGUAGGCCGAUAUACAUAUAUAUGUAUGUGUGUGCUCUUCAGAGCUGCUGUUAACACCUUGGUGAUUCUAUGCUCAAAGUUCACAACUUUAUGGCACAAUAAAACAAGAUUUUAGAUGAA